AUGGGCUGGAAUGCUUAUCCAACGGAUCCAGAGUCCAAAGUUAUCCAAACAGAUCUCUUGAUUGGUGGAGUCAAAGUGUUUGCUUUCGGUUUGGAGAACGUCUCGCUGCCUAAACCGGGCGACACCAAGAAGGUGGCUGCUUUGUUCGUCCUACACGGAGUUCAAAAUAACCAUCUGCUCACAGACUCAAUUGCUCAUCUGAUAGUAGAUGGAAGACUUAAACAGAACGCAGACGCAGAUUACCCGUUGGUGGCAUUCGCUAUUGAUCUGCCCAACCAUGGCGAGCGCGCCGUCGAUUUGAGAUACAACGGCUUUGCACAUCCCUACUACAACAUUGCAGUUGGAUCCUCGAUAGAUGCGGCUGCUUAUGACGUCAAAAACAUCCUGGAAUUCUUGCCUGCCUAUUAUCCGCAAUUCGAGUUUGAACCAUAUUCAUUGGGAACUUCUUUGGGAGGUCUCAUCUCCUUCAGGCUGGCCUCUCUGAUUCCCCUCAAAGGGAUAAUUAACAUUGUAGGUGCCCCAGAUUUGCCUGGUGUGCUUUAUAACCUUGUUGUGCAAACUGCAAAAGAAGAUGUCACACCUGGAACCUAUAAGAAGAAAUAUGAGGAGCUGGAGUUGUCCGAAGACCUACAGAAGAAAUAUCCAAAGGUUUUGCAUGACAACUUGUCACUUGCGAGCAAGAAGUAUUUUGAGGUGGCUAACACGAUCCCUUUAUUGGAUAUCUACGGUGAACUUGACUUUCUGGUGAACUCUGCCCUGAGUUCGGAGGUGAUAGAGAAGGCUGGUGUUCCUGGUUAUGAUGUGGAAGUGUACUCUGAACCGGUCGAUCAUACCACCACAAUCACCAUGAUCGAAAAGGUGAAGGAAUGGUUGUAUAAGCGAUUGGAUGCGGCAUAA